AUGAUUGUUUCUAGAUUUUUACCUUUAUUAGUAACAACUGUCAACAGGUUGACAGUAGGUAAUCAAGUCAGGAAUCUUGUUAAAAGUGUUCAUUUAAAUAAAAUACACACAGGUAAUAUUUUACAAUUUAAUAAAUCAUCACAGAUGGAAGUCGAUAUUGAUAGUCAAUUACAAGAUCCCAAUAGACAUCAUAGUUAUGAUGAACUUUUGGAAAAGAAAAAAGAUAAAAAUGUCGUUUUGGUUGAUGUAAGAGAUUAUUCUGAAAUAACUCAAACUGGUAAACUACCUGGAAGCAUUCACAUACCAUUGGGAGAAUUGAAAAAAGCACUUUCCGAAAUGUCUCCAGAAAAUUUUAAAAGUCGAUAUCAAUUUGACAAACCGAGUAAAGACACUGAAAUAAUAUUUUCUUGCAGAGGAGGAAGGAGAAGUGUUGAAGCACUUAAAUUAGCAUUGGAACUUGGUUAUCACAGGUCGUCUAAUUAUAAAGGGGGCUGGUUAGAUUGGGAAAAAAAUACCAAAAAAAAUGACAGUUGA